GGAUGAAAAAGGAGAAAUAAUAAUAAGUUGCAUGGUCCUGCUAGAGUUUAGCUGCCAAUUCUUCUCUUCUCAGUCCGCGCAACUCACAAACACACAUUUUGGCGCCUUUACUUUCGUGGUGGUUUCUCUCUCCCCUUUUCCCCUCUUUAUACCCUAAGCUCCCACCCAUUCCCCGUUCGGAGUAGUUACCAGCUCAGCCGCCAGCCACCGCCAGCGCCGCCGCCUUUGCCCUCCCAGAUUUCGAUAUGGCUUUCUCUGUCUCCACGAAAGCUUCGAUUUUUCCCACUCUCCCCUCUAAUUCCGAUCAUGGGUACUCGCGGAAGCUCUUCUUCUCCAAACCUCCGUCUCUGUUUCAGCCGCCGUUCCUUAAAUCCCUCAAAUGCGUCCAAUCUCUUUCCCCUGAUUCCAAACCCAGUCCCAGCUCUUCCCCGUUCGCCUGCUCCGCCGUCUCUUUUCCCUCCUCGGCCGCCGCCGCGGCCGAGCUCGUGCCGGCGAGGCUCCAGCAGCUGAUAACGGAAUACGGAUCCCUCACCGAACCGUCCGACCGGGUCAAGCGGCUGAUGGGUUACGCCGCGCUGCUGCCUCCGUUCCCCGACGCGUCACGGGUCGCUCUCAACCGGGUCAUGGGCUGCACCGCCCAGGUCUGGCUGGAGACACGGAUUGACGAGGAAGGGAGGAUGAGGUUUUUGGUCGACAGUGAUUCGGAAAUCACGCGUGGGCUCUGCGCUUGUUUGAUCUGGCUGCUCGACGGGGCGGCGCCGGCGGAUGUUUUGAGUUUGAAGACAGAGGAUUUGGCGGUGCUGAAUUUUGGAUUGCCUGGUACACAGAGGUCGAGAGCGAAUACUUGGCUGAAUGUGUUGGUUAGCAUGCAGAAGAGAACUAAAAAACUGUUGGCUGAAAGGGAAGGCAAGAUGUUUGAGCCUUUCCCGUCUUUGAUGAUUACUUCUGAUGGGAUUGAUGCGAAAGGCAGCUAUGCUGAAGCUCAGGCAAGAUUUCUGUUCCCAGAUGAGAGUAAGGUUGAGGAACUUGUUAAUGUGCUAAAGGAGAAGGAAAUCGGCGUGGUUGCUCAUUUCUACAUGGACCCUGAAGUUCAGGGUGUCCUAACUGCCGCACAAAAGCAUUGGCCUCACAUCCAUAUCUCCGACUCCCUGGUCAUGGCAGAUAGUGCCGUGAAGAUGGCUGAAGCUGGAUGCAAAUUCAUAACCGUUCUUGGUGUGGAUUUCAUGUCUGAAAAUGUCCGGGCUAUCCUUGAUCAGGCCGGGUUCGCAGAGGUCGGUGUAUACAGAAUGUCUGAAGAUCGUAUUGGAUGUUCAUUGGCAGAUGCUGCAUCUACCCCUGCUUACAUGAAUUAUCUGAAGGAGGCUUCAAUGUCUCCUCCUUCUUUGCACGUUAUCUAUAUAAAUACUUCGCUUGAGACGAAAGCUUACUCGCACGAGCUUGUGCCUACAAUAACAUGUACUUCUUCCAAUGUUGUUCAAACUGUUUUGCAAGCUUUUGCUGAAAUCCCAGAUUUGAAGAUAUGGUAUGGCCCUGACACUUACAUGGGGGCUAACAUAGCAAAACUAUUUCAACAAAUGACGUUUAUGACUGAUGAAGAAAUCACUGAGAUGCAUCCAGCACAUAAUGCUGACACUAUUAGAUCAUUGCUUCCUCGUCUGCAUUACUUUCAGGAUGGAUCAUGCAUUGUCCAUCAUCUAUUUGGACAUGAAGUUGUGCAGAAGAUCAAUGACAUGUAUGGUGAUGCUUUCUUGACUGCUCAUCUUGAGGUUCCUGGAGAAAUGUUUUCCUUAGCAAUGGAAGCAAAGAGAAGAGGCAUGGGGGUAGUGGGUUCCACACAGAAUAUACUAGACUUCAUAAAGCAAAGAGUCCAAGAGUCACUAGACAGAAAUGUUAGCGAUCACCUCCAAUUUGUUUUAGGCACAGAGUCGGGAAUGGUCACUGCUAUUGUGGCUGCAGUCAGGAAGUUACUAGGCUCCUCCACAACAUCUUCCGAAAAAGCAAAGGUCAAAGUCGAGAUUGUCUUCCCAGUCUCGGCUGACUCAAUAUCACAAACAUCAACCAGGUCACCCCAAGGAGUAGAAUCGGUACAGCUAGGGGAUAUCAUUUUGCCUGUUAUACCUGGUGUUGCUAGUGGUGAGGGUUGCUCUAUCCAUGGGGGAUGUGCUUCCUGUCCGUAUAUGAAGAUGAAUUCUCUGAACUCCCUCCUUAAAGUAUGCCAUCAAUUGCCAGAUGAGGAUAACAUCAUUGCCCCUUACGAAGCCGAAAGGUUUAAAACUCGGACGCUCAGUGGGAAAGAGAUAGCAGAUGUUGGUUGUGAGCCUAUAUUGCACAUGAGACACUUCCAGGCUAAAAAGGAAAUGCCGGAGAAGCUCGUUGAUCACAUCUUGCACCAGCAUGGCAAUCUUGGUUCAUGAGGGGAUCCAGCGACUCCCGAGUAGGCACCCAUAUGGCCCAAAAAUAAUCUUGUCCUGCUGUGAAGCUAGCUUUAGCUGACAAUCACUCAGUUUUCUCGGUUUUACUUCCAAGUUUUCACUUAUAGGAAUGAAUGAAUGGAUAUUAUAUAUAGCUCCAGCAAGCCAUCAGUGGUCAAUAACCCCUUCCAUGUUAAAAAUACACGAGAAAGCACUUCCAAAGAAGUCAUGAUCUUCUUCAGUAAUCAUGAGAGGUGCACUUCCUCAUGCCUACAGGCUACAGGAAGGAAACUUGCAGAGCAUUUUGUAUACUGAGGUUAUUCUUUACCAUUUCGAUUUCGAUAAUGUAAUAUUUUCGAUCCGGCUAUUGGCAUGGGGUUCUGUAUGAUUUGAUUGGGGUGGCCACUCAAUGCCCUAUGUCUGAAUUAGAGCUAGCAGUGCCUUUUAAUCGUCCAUUUUGCAGAAGAGAAAAAGGGCAUCGUAGACCACUCCUCGGAUAACAAUGAUACAUGAAAAUGAGUUGUAUAAUUUAUAAAUUACUUGGCUUCUACGCCAUUUGCAGCUAUCAGGAUUCAGGCACUGAUACAGAACGAUAACAAACUCUAUUUGCGCCAAGAAAAGAGAGUCUCGGUCACUUACAAUUGUUUGAGGGAAGCUGUGGUGCUAAAUGAUCCCCCACACAAACUACACAACACCAUCUUCACUGCAUAUGGAUGCACCCAGGCUAGCAAAAGGUGUGGUGACAAAUUAUCUUACGGUUAGUAUAGAAGUAUUAACCUAACAAAAAUUUAUCACAAUGGUAUGGAUUAAUGAAUUGUUGUGUUUGUUGGAAUUGACUUAGUCUUUUAGCAAUUUUCACAGGCUGAAAAGGACCUUGCUUUCAAGUUUUCGUCCAACAUAAUGUAUGAGAUUUAUCUAAAUUAGGCGGUCAUAUGUUGUGGUCUACACUCUACAUAUACAAAUAUACAUUAUAGGAACAAUAUCAAGCUUUAUAUUUUAUGAGUCUAAAAGGAUGAACGUUUAACUCUUGAGUGGUUAUUCAAAGUAUUAAGUAUGUGUAUAUAUUAGAUAUAUAACUAAUUAUUUAUCUGGUUAAUUUGGUUUGGCUGGUUAGGAGUGUCUGAAACCAAACCAAACCACCUAAACCUAAAAACUUUAACCAAACCAAACCAAUUAACCAAACCAAAUUAUCCAAAUAGUACUGGUUAAAACGGUUACCAUGGUAACCACACCGUUUGAACACCCCUACUCAUUACGUAUGUGGAGUGAGCUUCAAGGAACCAUUACAUUAUUUAGUCACUAAAUCUUUGUUCUUCUUCCAUUCUUUCUUUAAUUUACUAUUUACUUUACUCGAGGACCAAUUUUUGGAUUUGGUCACUUAGUCUAUAACUUGGGGCAUAAGGAGAUAUACGGCACUAAUAAAAUUUGUAUUAUUAUUUCCUUACAUUGUUGAUUGCGGCGAAGAUCAACUCGUUAGAAGUGACGUUUGCUUAUGAUCGCCAUACCCAGCUGGCUGACGAUUCAUAAAUUACAUUUUAAUGC